GCCAAAUCGUUCUUGGCUUUGCUGUCUAAGAAAAAUGGUGGACCAGGGGCGGACUGACCAUUUGGAAACUCAGGCACUGCCCGAGGGCCCGGGGUCAGUAGGGCGCCCCAUGAGAUGCCCCUGGUACCUUUUUCAUAGGCUUUUUUGAGUUUGGGCAAGGACACAGGGGCCCCAUGAUCCCCUAUUGCCCGGGGGCCCCAUGAGUUGUCAGUCCGCCCCUGCUUUUUUGAGUUUGGGCCCCAUGAUCCCCUAUUGCCCGGAGGCCCCAUGAGUUGUCAGUC